UUUGUCCGUUAGUGACGCUGAUCGGAGGAGGUGUGUGUACGCGCGGUUGCGCUCCGGGGCCGUUUCUGCUAAAACUGUAUUUGAAAACAACAAAAAAAAAUCCAAUAAAAUAGAAAUCUAACCAACUCUGGUUUUGCAACGAUGACUGAAGGAGAUAACAAAAGCGCCAAUAUACUGGCUCAGGAAACGGCCCAGCUGGAGGAGCAGCUGCAGGGCUGGGGGGAGGUGAUCCUGGCCGGCGACCAGGUCCUGCGCUGGGAGAAGCCUUGGUUCCCUGGUGCCCUGGUAGGCGCCACCACCUUGCUCUUCAUGUUGGUUUACUACUUGGACCCAUCAGUGCUGACUGGACUUUCCUGCACAGUCAUGCUGCUCUGCCUUGCUGACUACCUGGUGCCCACCCUUGCCCCCCGAGUUUUUGGUUCCAACAAAUGGACCACUGAGCAGCAGCAGCGUUUCCACGAGAUCUGCGGAAACCUUGUCAAGACCCAGCGCCGAGUUGUGGGCUGGUGGAAGCGUCUCUGUGCCCUCAAGGAGGAGAAGCCCAAAAUGUACUUUGCCUCAGUGAUCAGCAGUCUGCUGGCAGUAGCCUGGAUUGGACAGCAGGUGCACAACCUCUUCCUCACUUACUUGAUUGUGAGCUUCCUGCUGCUUCUGCCUGGCCUGAACCAACACGGCAUCAUCACCAAGUACACUGCCAUGGCCAAGAGGGAGAUCAACAAACUGCUGAAACAGAAGGAGAAGAAGAAUGAGUAGACGGGAGUCAGACGAAGAGGUGAUCUCAGAGAGGAGCUACAACACAAAUUGGAAGUUGAAUGAAGAGAAGAGAGCAAAAAUAGCCUCCUGAUUUAUCAGUCUCUGCCACAGAGCGAGACCGUUUAUUCACACGGUGAAGUUUCAUUUUUCCCACCCACACUUGACAUUUCAACCCCAUUGCCUUUUUUCUUUCAUUUAUUCAUCAGAAUUCCCACACAUGCUAUAGCCAUAUAAGAGUUAUUUGAUUCCAGCACUGUGUUUCUCACAAAGUUAGAAAAGUUUCAAACAUACACACACUUCACGCUCAUACAUAUACCUGAGGUCUUCCUGUUACCUAGUUCAUUGUGCUUUAUUUUGCUCAAGAUGUUAGUAAUGCUUUUUUAAGCCAUUCCCUGGAUUUAGACAAAGUGACUACUGAGCAGAGAUUUUGUAGCAUUACUGCAUCUUUUUUAAUCUUGCAUAGUUUGCUCACCAUAAUGAUUGAGGGGCUUUUGUCACGUAAGGUCACAAGAGUUUACUUUUUUAUUUUUGCUUCUUCUGCUUCGGUUGUGUUUAAAUGGAAAGCUGAAAACAAAACUGGAUUCAAAGCAAAGCUCUUCUGUGGAGGGGAGCCGUUUGUAGAUGCAAACCUACUGCUGUACUGCUGCUAGCUGGACUCUGUGGUCUUUUAGCUCUUAAACCCCCCACAAUCCAAUACUCUAGCCUGGGGUGCAUCUGUGUAAAUAGACCUAUCUCCUUCUGUCCUUGUCCUUUCUCCUUUUGUUGUGUUGUCUUGCUCUUUUUUUUUUUUUUUUCUUUGGUCUGACCUCUGUCGUUCAUUUCACCUGUUAUUUUAUCUGUAUCGGAGAUCUUUAUGAAAAAUGAAUAAAGUGUGAUUUAAGUUAA